GUCCAUUACUCGCGUGGAUUCUGCGCGCCGGAGCGGCUCAUGCCUCCAGCUGGCAACGUCGAAGGAUGCCUUGCAGAGAGUGAAGAUUGUGUUGCGUGCUGAAUGCCAGACUUGCGCCUUUCAACGAGCCCGCGCAGUGAUGCCAGCCGGACAAGCCGCGGAGCUGUCACAGAUACGCGCUCGGCCAUGCACGAAAGGCACCCGACAUCCUCGCCGGCAAGGUCUGACAUGACAGCGCGACCCUACGUGCUGCCAACGCAAGUCUCACCCGCGCACGUGAAGCUUCUACCAGGCAGACGCUUGAAGGCCGGCGGUGUGCGGGAGACAGCCCUGGCCGCGUCUUCUCCAGCCAGGGAACCCCCGGGCACCAGUCCGGAGACGAGGCCGGAGCCGCCCAUUGAAGAACCUCUCACAGCGCAAGCAGCUCUCACAGCUCGCUCACGCCACGAGGGCCGGCUGGAGACUCCGGGCCAGGCCAUGGACAGCCGCCUGCAGGUCGUGGAGGAUGCGCUUUUGGACUUGAACCAAGACCUGCUGGCCGCAACUUUGCAGAUUCGCCACCUUGAGGAGGAGGCACAAGCCAUGUCCUCGCGCUCCCGGGACUCGGAGCAGGGCAUUGUAGCGAAGGGCGAUGAUCCAGAGAGGCUGUGCGCGCUGGAAGCGGCGCGGAGCAGCUGCGAGCUGCAGCUCCACGAGCUGCUGCAGCUCUGCCUGGCCUUGGAUCGGAGAGCUUCAGGCCUCGAGGAGGACCUCUCUUGCGUGGUGGAGGAGGUCGAGUCGAGGCUACGCCGGAUGGCCGCCGAGCUCCUGGACACUGCGCGGCUUCGCCAGGCUGAGGAUCCGGUGGCCAGGCUCCAUGCGCCGGAUGCGUCCUUGUUGCAGCUGGCCCUGCGGGGCUGGGCGGCCACGAAGCGUGCUGCGAGGUCAGCCGCACCUUUGGAGCACCAGGUGCAGGCAACCUCAGGCAGCGCGGGUGACCAUGCCGAGGUUGCAGAGCUGCGACUCAGCGUUGAAAUAUUGCGGAAGGACUUGCUUCAUCUGCGCGUCAACAGAGAUUCCGAUGCCCAGGCUUUGCAAGAAAUGCAGCAGCGCGCAACGAAGGGUGAAGCAGAAGCAAAGAGCGUCCUCCAAAGCAUUACAGACUUGCAGCAGGCGUUGCAGGAAGUGCAGCAGCACACUCAGAAGGGCGAAGUAGAAGCAAAGGGCAUCCUCCAAAGCAUGACAGACUUGCAGCAGGAGGCUUGGCAGGAAAUGCAGCAGCAUUUAACGAAGGGCAAAGCAGAAGCAAAGGAUGUCUGCCAACACGUGACAGACUUGCACCAGGCUUUGCAGGAAGUGCAUCAACAGACAAAGCAAAGCAAGGCUGACACACUGGGUCUUCGUGAACGCAUUCAAGACUUGCAGCAGGAGGUGCAGCAGCACACUCAGAAGGGCGAAGCAGAAGCAAAGGGCGUCCUCCAAAGUGUGACAGACUUGCAGGAGGCUUUGCGGGAAAUCCAGCGGCUAACAACGAAGGGCGAAGAGGAAGCAAAGGAGGUCCGCCAGAACGUGGCAGACUUGAAUCAGGAAGUGCAGCAGCACACUCAGAAGGGCGAAGCAGAAGCAAAGCGCAUCCUCCAAAGCGUGACAGACUUGCAGGAGGCUUUGCAGGAAAUGCAGCGGCACAUGACGAAGGGCGACGGGGAAGAAAAGGAGGUCCGUCAGAACGUGGCAGACUUGCAUCAGGCUUUGCAGGAAGUGCAGCAACAGACAAAGCAAAGCAAAGCUGACACACUGGGUCUUCGUGAGCGCAUUCAAGACUUGCAGCAGGAGGUGCAGCAGCACACUCAGAAGGGCGAAGCAGAAGCAAAGGGCGUCCUCCGAAGUGUGACAGACUUGCAGGAGGCUUUGCGGGAAAUGCAGCGGCAAACAACGAAGUUCGAAACAGAAGCAAAGGAUGUCCGCCAAAACGUGACAGACUUGUACCAGGCUUUGCAGGAAGUACAGCAGCAGACAAAGCAAUGCAAAGCUGGCACCUUGGGUCUUCGUGAGCGCAUUGAAGACUUGCAGCAGGAAGUGCAGCAGAACACUCAGAAGGGCGAAGCAGAAGCAAAGGGCAUCCUCCAAAGCGUGACAGGCUUGCAGGAGGCUUGGCAGGAAAUGCAGCAGCAUGUAGCGAAGGGCAAAUCAGAAACAAAGGAUGUCCGCCAAAAUGUGACAGACAUGCACCAGGCUCUGCAAGAAGUGCAGCAGCAGACAAAGCAAAGCAAAGCUGACACCUUGGGCCUUCGUGAACGCAUUGAAGACUUGCAGCAGGAAGUGCAGCAGCGCACAAAAAAGGGAGAGGCAGACACAAAGGACGUGCGCCAAAACAUGACAGACCUGCAGGAGGCUUUGCAGGAAGUGCAACAUCGCACAAGGAAAGGCGUAGCAGACGCGAAGGGUGUCCGCCAAAGCGUGACAGACUUGCAGGAGGAAGUGCUGCAGAGUCCAAAGAGAGGUGGAGCAGAUACCAGCGACAUCCGCAGAAGCGUGACGGAAUUGCAGGAGGCUUUGCAGGGCAUGCAGCAGCACACCAAGAAGGGCGAAGCAGAAACAAAGGACAUCCGCCAGAGCGUGGCAGACUUGCAACAGGCAAUCGAUGACUUCCAGCAGGAAGCGCAGCAGCGCACAACAAAGGGAGAAGCAGAUGCAAAAGACAUCCGCCAAAGCAUGGCAGACCUGCAGGAGGCUUUGCAAGAAGUGCAACAUCGCAUCAAGAAAGGCGAAGCAGACGCGAAAGGUGUCCGACAAAGUGUGACGGACUUGCAGGAGGAAGUGCUGCAGAGUCCAAAGAGGGGUGGAGCAGAUGCAAACGACGUCCGCAAAAGCAUGAUGGAGCUGCAGGAGGAAAUGCAGCAACGCACAAGGAAGGCCGAAGCAGAAGCGAAGAUUUUCCACCACAGCUUGAUGGACCUGCAGGAGGCUUUGCAGGAAAUGCAGCAGCACUCCAAAAAGGGUGAAGCAGAAGCAAAAGAUGUCCGCCAAAGCGUGACGGACUUGUAUCAGGCUUUGCAGGAAGGGCAGCAGCAGACAAAGCAGGGCAAAGCAGAAACAUUGGGCCUUUGCGUGCGCAUCGAAGAUUUGCAGCAGGAAGUUCAGCAGCACGCCAAAAAGGGAGACGCAGAUGCAAAGGACAUCCGCCAAAGCAUGGCAGACCUGCAGGAGGAAGUACAGCAGCACACAAAGAGGGGAGAGGCAGAAGCAAAGCGUGUCCGCCAAAGCAUAGCAGACUUGCAGGAGGCUUUGAACGAAGUUCAGCAUCGCACAAAGAAAGGCGAAGCAGAUGCGAAGGGCUUCCGCCAAAGCGUGACAGACUUGCAGGAGGAAGUCCUGCAGAGUCCCAAGAGGGGUGGACCAGACACAAGCGACGUCCGCAAAAGCAUGAUGGAAUUGCAGGAGGAAAUGCAGCAUCAUACAAGGAAGGGCGAAGCAGAAACAAAGAUUGUUCGCCAAAGCUUGACCGACUUGCAGGAGGCUUUGCUGGACAUGCAGCAAAACACAAAGCGAGGCGAAGCAGAAGCAAAGAGUAUCCGCAAGACCUUGACAGACUUGCAGGAGGAUGCGCAGCAGCGUGCGAGGAAGGGCGACGCAGAAACAAAGGUGGUUCGCCAAAGCGUGGCAGACUUGCACGAGGCUUUGCAGGAGGUGCGGCAGCAAACAAGAAAAGGCGAAACGGACGCAACAGAUGUCCGCCAGCGACUGACAGACUUGCAGGAGGCCUUGCAGGAGGCGCAGAAGCACAUCAAGAGAGGCGAAGCAGACGCAAAGGAUGUCCGCGACUGCGUGACGGAUUUGCAGCAGGCCUUGCAAAGCACGGGCAAUCUGCAGCAGGCGUUGCAAGAAGUUCAGGAGCGGAUGCGCAGAAGCGAAGCGGACGCCGAUCACGUGGGCAGAAGCUUUGCAGAUCUGCAGCAGGCCCUACAGGAGGUGCAGCAGCAGACUUGCCGAAGCGGUGCCGAUGUCAUGGACCUCCGAAAAGCUGCGGAUAGCUUUCAGCAGGCGUCGCAAGAAGUCGACGCAGAUGCAGCAGAGAUGCGAAAAAGCCUGAAGCAAGUCCAGCAGGCGUUGAACGAAGUUCAUGAGCGGAUAAGCAGAAGCGAGGCGGACGCCCAGCACGCGGUCAAAAGCUUCGCAGAUGUGCAGCAGGCCCUACGAGAGGUGCAGCAGCAGACUUGCCAAAGCAGUGCCGGUGUUAUGGAUGUCCGCAAAGCCACGGAUGACCUGCAGCAGGCCUUGCAAGAAGUUGCGCAGCAGACAAGGAAGAGCGAUGCAGAUGUAAAGGGCAUUUGCCAAAUCAUCAAAGACUUGCAACAGGAAAUGCUGGAGAGCACAAGCAGAAGCGAGGCAGACGCCCAGAAUGUGCGCAAAAGCUUCGCAGAUGUGCAGCAGGCCCUGCGAGAAGUUACGGAGCAGGCAAAAAAGAGCGAUGCAGAUGCAAAGGACGUGUGUCAAAGCGUCAAAGACUUGCAACAGGAAGUUCGCGAGAGGAUUAGCAGAAGCGAGGUGGACACCCAGAACGUGCGCAAAAGCUUCGCAGAUGUGCAGCAGGCCCUACGAGAGGUGCAGCAGCAGACUUGCCAAAGCAGCGCCGAUGUCAUGGAUGUCCGGAAAGCCACGGACGACCUGCAGCAGGCCAUGCAAGAAGCUCUGCAGCAGACAAAGAAGAGCGAGGCAGAUGCAAAGGACAUUUGCCAAAGCAUCAAAGACUUGCAACAGGAAGUUCGCGAGAGGACAAGCAGAAGCGAGGUGGACACCCAGAACGUGCGAAAAAGCUUCGCAGAUGUGCAGCAGGCCCUACAAGAAGUGCAGCAGCAGACUUGCCAAAGCGGCGCCGAUGUCAUGGAUGUCCGCAAAGCCACGGACGACCUGCAGCAGGCCUUGCAAGAAGCUGUGAAGCAGACAAAGAAGAGCGACGCAGAUGCAAAGGACAUUUGCCAAAGCAUCAAAGACUUGCAACAGGAAGUUCACGAGAUGAUAGGCAGAAGCGAGGCGGACACCCAGCGCAUGUGCGAGAGCCUCGCGGAUGUGCAGCAGGCCCUACAAGAAGUGCGGCAGCAGACUUGCCAAAGCGGCGCCGAUGUCAUGGAUGUCCGCAAAGCCACGGACGACCUGCAGCAGGCCUUGCAAGAAGCUGUGAAGCAGACAAAGAAGAGCGACGCAGAUGCAAAGGACAUUUGCCAAAGCAUCGAAGACUUGCAACAGGAAGUUCACGAGAGGAUAGGCAGAAGCGAGGCGGACACCCAGCGCAUGUGCGAGAGCCUCGCGGAUGUGCAGCAGGCCCUACAAGAAGUGCGGCAGCAGACUUGCCAAAGCGGCGCCGAUGUCAUGGAUGUCCGCAAAGCCACGGACGACCUGCAGCAGGCCUUGCAAGAAGCUGUGAAGCAGACAAAGAAGAGCGACGCAGAUGCAAAGGACAUUUGCCAAAGCAUCAAAGAUUUGGAACAGGCCUUGCAAGAAGUUCGCACACUGGCAAAGCUGCAGGCCGUCGAAGAGGUCGCGGAAGUUCAAGACGGCUGGCAGGUCACUGAAGCUGACAGCAAAAGUGGACUGACCCAAGAAGAAGUGGAAGCUCUUCAAGCGACUGUGGCGUCCCAACAGCAGGCCUUAGAGGACGUUCAGCUGCACGUGCUACGGGAUGGUCUCGAGGAGUUGGCCCAGGUGGUGGCUGCGGUGCGCCACGCCUUCGGGGACAGCGAGGCGGAGGUGGCGGACCUGAGCCGCGCCCGCGAGGUGAUGGAAGUGAGGAUCACGGAGCUGGAGAAGGUGCUCGCGGGACCUCGCGCCGGCGUGGCUGAGGAGCCGGAGGCGAGCCAACUGCUGCGCGCUGCGGCAGUGCCGAGUAUGUCGAGUCCCGCCCGCGUGGAAGGCCCGACAGGCCCAGCACCGGCAUCCCCGCGCGCGGAGGAGUUGGCAGAGCUGAAAGCAGAGCUGAAGGUUCUCACCUUCGAGGCACGGCAGAACCGACACCAGGGGAUCAGGAGCCAUGCCGAGCUGGGGCAGGCCCUCGUCAGCAUUCAAGAGAACCGCUCCCAAAACGGCCGGGCCUGUGAGGAGCUCCAGGCGGAGUUGCAAGGCGUCGCGCAGCGCUGUGCCGAGGUCUGGGCGGAGGCGCAGCAAAACAAAGACCACCUGGCUGAGGAGCUUGCUGUGGCGAGAUACGACGCAGGGCUUCGCAAAACCAACGAGGCGCUGAUGCUUCACUUCCCUGAAGCAGCUUGGCCCGCCGCCGGCUUUGAGGAGGCGAUCCGGCUCAAGCUGCUUACGCUGACCACCAGCCCUGUGAAAGUCAGGCUUCAGCAGCGGCAGCCAGGGCUGGUGGUGGAGGUCCAAGGGCCAGAGUCUGCGCUGCAGGAGCUGCAGGGCCAAGCGCCAGAGCUGGAGCUUGACGGCCUGCGCUGCCUGGCUUGGCGUAGCCGGCCCACGCAGAGCUCCGAGGAAAUCUUGGAUGAGCACUGCGGCUCUUUGCUCCAGUCCUUCCAGCGCGAGCUUUCGGAGGAGCGGAGGCAGCGUUGCCAGGAACUGGCGCAGCUGCAUCGAGCACUACAGCAGCAACACAGCCAAGGCUGCCUGGCUGAGGAGCUGAGCGCCACAGCGGUGGGUGAGGCGCAGGCAUCGGAGGCGCGGCUUGCCUGGGCUGCGGAGGAGUGGUGCAGUGGACUCUCUGAGCUGCGGGAAGCGUUGCAGGACGCAGAUGCGCCUUCUCAUUCUCGGGAGGAGACCAUGGUGGAACUUCGGGCCAUGAUCUCCCUGGAGACUGGCGAGGCUCGACGCCAGAUCAAUGAAAUGGCCAUGCAGGAAUGGCAGGGGAAUGCGGCUUCAUGCACCCGCGCAUCCAAUCUGUUUGUCUUGCCGUACCACCAGGCCAGGCAGCACGCGGAGAUGGUCAUUGAUCGAGGGGGCUCCAACUUAGCCGCAGAGAUUGAGACCGUGCGAUGCCAGCUGAUCGAGACGGUGGAAGACCGCAUCGAGUUGAGGCGCCAGCUGACAGAUCUUUGCCAUGCGGAGCCUUGUGGCUUAGCCACUCUUAGAACUCGCGUUGACGACACGGAGGUCCAGUUGCGCGGCGUGCGGCUGCAGGGUCAGGAAAUGGCUGCGGAGGUGCAGCGCUUGGGGCAGUUGCAGGCGCACGCAGAGCAGAACUGCCAGCGGGGCAUAGGGCAGCUGCAGCAGGCGGUUGAGAGCUUACGGGGAGAAGCCCUCAGCCGGGGACAAAGGCCAGCCGCUGUCGCAGGCACCUGACCGGCAUGUCCUAAUUCGCGUUUGUGUCUCAAUUCGCGCGGCUUUUGCA